AUGGCGGAGAGCAAAAACAAACGCAGGAUCCGUACUACUGGUACACUCACCACCACACAGCAGGACCGAAUUACGCGCAACCUGGCCAAAAGAAACCUCGACUUCACAGACCGCACGCCUCGGGCUGUGCAGCGGGCCAACGUGCGAGCGCGAGGCCAGGAAGGAAAAAGCACGGUAGACACAGACAAUGCUGCAAAAGACGCGUACACCAAAUUUAUCAAGCAGCUGCCAAAGAUCAGCGAAGAUGUUGUCCAGGCCACAGCUGGCUUGUCCAAAUCUAAGAAGGCCAAGAGGAAGAACGUCACGCCUGGGCACGAACGCCUGCGGGCGAAGUGGCUCGCCAAGAGACGGCGGUACGGAUGGCUCACGGACGACAACGACGGCUACCUGGCUUUGCCGCUGGAUGCUGAUGAUGAUGAUGAUGAUGAGGAAGAGCAAGAGGACCUGCCGGAUGCCGACGACGAGGAAGAGCAAGAGGACUUGCCGGAUGCUGACGAAGACGAGGAAGAGCAAGACAACCUGCCAGAUGCCGAUGAAGAGGAAGAGGAAGAGCAAGACAACCUGCCAGAUGCCGAUGAAGAGGAAGAGGAAGAGGACUUGCCGGAUGCCGACGACGAGGAAGAGCAAGAGGACCUGCCGGAUGCCGAUGAAGAGGAAGAGCAAGAGGACCUGCCGGAUGCCGACGACGAGGAAGAACAAGAGAUCAUUAGGCGCUACCCCAGUGACGUCGAGCUGCCUGACUCGGACGAGGAGAUCCAAAACACAGGUGGUGAGGAGAGUGGUUUGGAGGACAGCGAUGCAGAUGUCGUCUCUCGCAGAAGCGCGCCGAUCCAACGUCCGGAGCACCCAGUAGUCCCGGAAGAGAGUUCUGUCACUGCUGACGUUCUUGUCGCCACUGACACCUCUCCUGCGGACAGGCGCGCCACUCAUUGGCAAAUGGCGAAAUCAUGCGCUGAACGAGAUGCUCUGGUAUCCGCGCUUAAAGAGCUGAUAACUCAGUUUGUACAAAAACACUUUGAUCAUACACUAGUUCAGCGAUGUUGGGGCUCUGUAGACGUGAUAAGCAAGCAACAUGAGUUAGACCGACGACAUACCCUCAUCUACACCAUAAAGAAUGUCCCGGAGACAAGUUACUUGCAAAUGCACCAAGUCAAAGGGUUAGAUGUCCCUAUGAACCAGUGCGCUCUUUGCCGCAAGUCGAUCCACUAUCCGGACAUUGAUGAUGCGCUCGAUCAUCUACAACAAGCCCAGAUUGCAAACGAUGCCGAUGUUCGAUUGGAAGCCCGAAAUGAUUUGGGUCAUUGGCUAGUGUCGAUCUCCACACACGAGUGGGAAACGAGUGUGCGAACACCACAGGACAUCGGUGUCGCCCCGGCUGCUCCUACAAAUGUACCAGCAUUGUUUGGGGAACGGAAAGACGUCACUGGGGUUGAAUACUUUGCGAAGGUUGCUGAAAACGCACUUUCUAGUGCUCGAGAUGAGUUGAUGCUUAUGGCACAUACUGGAGAAAGUUUGAAUCCAGUACUUCACAAGCGUACCACGCCAGCGAAUCCUGGAACUAUACCGAGAAUGACUGAUCCGCUUGCUAGUGCAAAACCAUCCAAGCGUGUCCUGAGAGAGCUCUACCUUCUAAAGGAGGAAAUCGAGGUGGUAACUUCCGUAUUUUCACAGCAGCGAGAUGCCUUGAGUGCCUUGAGAGAGGUUCUCGACAGUAGCAGCUUCCGUAUCACAAAUCAAGUUCGCAUUCAAGCAUAUGUUGGGUUGGAAAAGCCCACAAUCAAAGGACCUACAGCGCAAUAUUUCCCAAAGUUUGAGGAAGAUGUUCAAGACCUGUACAAAGAGGCUAAGAAACUGGCUGAAGCUCUUCGACACAUUAUCGACAUCGCAGAGGAAGGCAAUUUGAAGGCAAUCCUAAUCUUCACCCUUGUGACGAUCGUAUUCCUACCUCUGUCGUUCGUCUCAUCCGUCUUCGGGAUGAGCACUACAGAUGUAAGAGAUAUGGAUAGCACACAGACACUCUUCUGGGCAAUUGCACUACCAGUAACUGUAGCCGUCGGUGGGGUUUCAUUGCUAGCCACCUAUGGUGGGCCAUCUAUCCAGCACCAGUCACAUCAAUUUAUGGAGCUCAGAGAUAGGAUAAAGCUCAUCACUUCCAAGAGACAGCGCUCUGAAGAUGAAGAACAGAUACGUCCGGUUGAGGAUGGGAAAGUCUCCAAGCCGUGA